AUGUCCUCCCAGAUUCUGCAAGCAGAGCUGGCAAAUUUGAUCCAGGAGUCGAAGCGCAAACACUCCGACUUGAGAAAUGCCGCGGAGCAAUCGCUGAGUGAAUUGAAGGCAUUGCCUUCGACCUCCGAGGCGCAAAUUACUGCAGAUUUAAUACGACGCCCAAAUUUCAUCUCUCCGUUUCUCCUUGCUUGCCAGACACGGCAGAUCAAGCUUGCAGCUAUAGGCGCUGUUUGCAUUCAGAGGCUUGCUACAUCUCAUGCCUUGUCACCCGAACGAUUGGGUGACACAUUGUCAGCAUUGAGGGAAGCAGCUGGCCUCAGUCAAGAUGUCCAGCUCAAGAUUCUUCAAACGUUGCCAGCUUUAUUGCACAAUUACUCUGAUCAGCUGAGUGGAGAACUGCUCGCUCAUACUCUGGAGAUUUGUGCUACGAUACAAGUCAGCAAGGUUGCUGCCGUAUCAAACACCGCAGCAGCAACUCUGCAGCAACUCGUUAUUUCUGUUUUCGAGAAAGUGGUAGCUGAAGAUGGAAACCCUAGCCGCUCAACUACUACCAAGAGUGUCCCGGUCGAGAAUGCAAGCAUCGACAUUGGAAUUGCCGCCUAUGAUGCCCUCCAAAUUCUUGGUGAUCUUUGCCAUCUCGUUGAGGGCGAGAAACUCGACUUCCUCCAGAUUAAGGGACUUUCUCCUGUCUUUGUUUUAGAGCUUAUUGAGAGUGUCUUGGUGAACAAUAUCAAAUUGUUCCGAAGUCACCCAGAACAGCUGCACGUCUUACGGGAUCGGCUUAUGCCAUUAACCGUGAGAUACCUUUCAGAAAGGCACAACUUCCCUCAAACUCUCCGCAUUACGAGAAUUCUGCUCAUCCUACUACGAAAUUUUAUGAGCCUUCUACCGGAUGAGUGUGAGAUGGCACUCGGUCUUCUUAUUCAUCUUCUAGAGCCAGACGUCUCAGUAUCAUGGAAAAGAGUUCUCUGUAUGGAAGUGUUCCGAGGUCUCCAUGCCGAGCAUGGCUUGGUAAGGUUGGCGUAUGCUCUGUUCGAUGAAACCGAGGGACGAAAAACUAUCGUGAAAGAUCAUAUGGCGUCUUUGUUGCGACUCGCAUCUGAAAAGCCCUCCAUUAUAGGUGUCAGCCACCAAUCGACUGUUCCAUCCGGUGUCUCACAUUCUAGGUCAAAUACCGAAGACCAAAUAACACUGGAAGCCGGCGGUGUAGCUGGAGUUAUAGGAGCUGCUGUGAACGCUGCAGAUGAAAAUGUGACAGGAAUCAGCAAUCAGUGGAGUACGGUGAGAGCGCCGUAUCUUGAACUUCUCGACAAAUCCGAAGCCCCGACGCCACCUGAGACAUACAUAUACAGUCUCGUCAUCAAUUGCAUUAGCUCGUUAUCUGAAGGCCUUGCCAGGUUCAUUCUCCCUCUCACAGUCACAGAGUCAAGGGGCAAGCGAAAGAAGAAGACCACAAUGCAUGAUCGAGAGCAAGGAUCCACAGGAGAACUUCAAAGAUCAAAUUCGACCAGAUCAACUGCGUCUGAUUCGAAGAGGCAAACUGUUCCUCUCAACCCACUUACAUUGGAAGAUCAUCCACAGAUCGCUGCUAUCAAAUCUAGCGCUGGAAUUAUUGAAUCAUGCUGGCCUGCCAUUCUCGCAACUUGUUCCACAUUUCUUUAUGCGGCGUUAGACGCAGAAUUCUAUCACAAUCUGGUUCGAUCGUUUCAAAAAUUGGCACAUGUGGCCGGACUUCUGCGCCAAGCUGCGGCACGAGAUGCAUUUCUGACGACGUUGGGAAAGGCCACAAUUCCAGUCGAUGGUGUGACCGCAUCCAGAAAUGGGUCAAACACGCAGCAGUCCGACGCUCCGGAGACUACAGGAGAAAAUGCUCCCCAAUCGGCUCUGGAGACGCCCGAGGCGUCAAUGGGAGUUUCUAGGACAUCCUUGAGCACGCGGAACCUUCUCUGUUUGAGGGCUCUUCUCAACCUGGGGAUUGCCCUCGGACCUACAUUAGACCUGUCUGCAUGGUCUAUACUUUUUGAAACACUACAAAACGCGGAUUUGGUUAUCAAACUUGCUGCCGUUACAUCUACGAAACAGGCUGCUAACGUCGGAAAUGUCGAUAACACAAGCCAAGCCGGCCAAGACAUCCCAAAGGCAAACAUGGGGAAUGAAAUUCUUGCAGUUCAAACAGUUGCCUCCAGGAUGUUUGAAAGCACUGCUGAAUAUCCUAACGAUUCCUUUGAAGCAGUGCUAAAAGCCCUGCUAAAUCUGGCAUUCAAUUCUCGACAGAGUUCGACUGCAAAUCCCCUCUCCCCUGCGCAAUCCUCUCCUUCUCGACGCAUGGGACGAGUUCAUCAGACAACCCGCAGUAUUUCGCUGGCUGCGGGAAAAUUCAGGAUACAAGACGAUGAAUUAAACUUUGUGCUAGAUAAAACCAGAGACCUCGGAUCGGCAAAUAUCGAUCGCCUUUCGAGUGUGGGACAAGAAGAAGAUGCCAUCUGGGGCAUAUUAAACGCCAAUUUAAACGAAAUCAUAACCAGCAGUGACUAUAAUUCGGCCAUCCGUCUGAAAGCGAGUAAAACGUUGAAUACAAUCAUUCUUCAGACGAUGAAGGACGAUUACUUGGAAGGUGAUUUGCGAAACGCACUACAACUCCGGAAUCUCCAAUCACUCCAAUCUCAAAUUGAAUCGCUAUAUCGCCAACGAGCUCAGCCGUCUGCUGUUGAUAUGGAAUCUCACGAGCAGGCGCUCGAUACACUCAAAGUCAUGCUGGAGCAAUACGGCGAGACCUUUGUAUCCGGCUGGGAUCUUGUAUUCGAGCUGGUCUCUAGUGUCUUUGAUAAGAAAGGUCUAGAUCCUGACGGCAAUAAUACAGCAAAAAACGAGAAAGAUACCUCGUUGAAGCCUCGAAAUUUCACAGCAAGAUCGCCUCGACUUAUACGAUCUGCAUACAAUUCAUUGCAGCUCAUUGCCUCUGAUUUUCUUACUUUGCUUCCGCCUUCAUGCCUUCUCAAUCUAGUCGACUCAUUCUCGUACUUUGCAUCACAAGACUCAGACUUCAACAUUUCCUUGACAACGACAACGUUUUUCUGGAAUGUUUCAGACUUUCUUCAAAGCCAAGUCGGCAAGUUUUCCAUUGAAGACUCCAUGGAUACAACCAUAAGCGAAGAAUCACUUACAAAACUCACAAAUGAUGUUGAUAUUCCUACAUCACGCGGGGCUUUGUGGCUUAUACUACUGCUUCAUAUAGUGGGACUCACGACCGAUAAACGGCCGGAGAUUCGCAACAGUGCAAUUCGUACCCUACUGAGAAUUUUCGAUGCAUAUGGACCCCAAUUGUCUCCCAAGGCAUGGAAUCUCUGCCUGAACCGAGUUUUGUUUGUGAUGAUGAACGACGUUCAGAAUGGCACUCUUGAAGCCACGACUUCCAAGGAAGAUGUUGGACAAGCCAAAGCGUGGGAAGAAACAGCAGUCAUUAUGAUCAGGGGCAGCUCCGACCUGAUCGGAAGUUUCUUUGAUCAGAUAGCCAAAGACGCCAGGUUUGAUGCGUCCUGGAAACGAUUUCUUGGGUUUUUCCAGGCCCUUGUCCAAAUAAAUACACAUGAAGUAGUCGAGGCAGUCUUCAAAAGUCUCUACGAAAUCCUGGAGCAUGCCGAAACCCCUGGUAGUCUCAACAACGAAGCGGUUCAAUUAGCAUGGCUAUUAUGGGUCAAUAACCAUCCAUCCAUCAACGCCGAGUCUCUGAAUAUGGAAGAGUCAAACCAAGAUGCACUCCUCGCAUACCUCCGCUCUUUUCAACAGAUCUACAAACUCUACAAGAGCAGCAUAGGCGAUGAGCAGGUUCAGCAAAUCCUUCAACACUUGAGGGUGGCAGUGUGGAAUUCCGUUAUUUCAAGAUAUUCAGUUGAUGUCGAACAUCAGUCUACUCUCCAGGAAUUGGUUAUUGAAUGCACAAAGGCGCUUUGUCAUGAUAAACCUGAAUCUCAACCGGCAAUCAUAACAUGCCUGGCAGAUUUUGACGACGCUGCUUUGACACAAUGGUCACCAAACCGAGACAGGAGCCGCCCGUCGUUAGUUGCCUUUUCAAAAGCCGCUAUCGAUUUGUCAAGUUGGUAUAUUACUGAGCAUGGCAUUAAAGCGGAUAUAAUUUCAGAUGGGUCAUUAGUAUCAUUACUACAGCAUCUAGCGCAUCCUAUUCUCCGAAAAUAUGACUGGAAUGGCAGAGACCAUGAGCCUUUGAUAUGGCAAAAGGCCACGACAUCAGCUAUAAACAUCAUCCGCGUCGUUGUACCAUAUGUGGAGAAGCGAUAUGAUGCGUUGGAAAGGUCACAUAUCACACAAUUUUGGACAUCCAUCGUUGAGAUUGCACGAGGCAUCAUCACUGCGCAGAUACGCGGCGAAGUUGAUAUAUCGCCAGGAAGGAUCGCCGCCGAUGAGGAAUUCGAUAUCCAAGCCUUUCACACGCUCAAACCACUGAUAAUUCCGUCAUUUGGGUCGAGCCAUAUACCCGAUAGUAUCCAACGAACUUUUUCAUGUGCCCUUGUUCAAUCGUCGUUCAUUUACCCGCCACAGCGAAUGGACAAACCCAUCGAGACACUGCUUGCAAAACCUCUCCAUGACCUGUAUAAGGUGCGUCGCGGCCGAACAUUCACCCCGGUCCCCAUUGCAAGGUCGCACAUUGCCUAUGCCCUCGUGGAUACAAUGUUUGAAUUAGCACGUGCCAUCAAUCCCCCCUCAGCAGCAGCGAAGGAUCCAUCACCACAAAACAGUACUGAGUCGCGGAUCACUCUCGCCCGGUCAAUAAUGCCUUACUUGAUCCUUCGUGUCUCCCUCCCGCUCAAAUCGUACAUCGCCGACCAACCUCUUCGCGGCCGAAUGCCGCAGCCUGCACCAGCCCACCGCGAACUCGUACAUAUUCUCAAGGGCCUUGCAGACCUCGAAAGCGAACCCGUCGCCAUUCCGGAUGCGCCUAAUGGGUUUGUUUCGUCAUCUACAAAGUCCCAUCAGCUACAAUACCGUAAGCAUCUUGGCUGGAUGUAUCCGCUUCUCGUGAAAUGCGUGCAUGUUACUGGCAAGGCAACGGAACGGGGAGAUCGAGCUGUGUUGGAGAAUCUGGUUAGGAUAUUGGAUGCGGUGGGGGACUGUCAGAAUCUUGAAGAUGGAGACGACGAUGAGGGGGACGAGGACUAG